AUGGGGCGUGGAAGAAUAACUAUGGAACUCAUUCAAAAUGAGAAAGCUAGAAAGACAACAUUUCAAAAGAGGAAAAAUGGAUUAAUGAAAAAAGUGAAUGAAUUCUCCAUUCUUUGUGAUGUUGAUGUAUGUGUCAUUCUCUAUGCUCCAAACUUUGAAGGUCAAGGAUAUCUUGAACCUGAAACAUGGCCUAAAGAUCCGAAAGAGGUUCAGAGAAUUCUUAAAAAAUACUAUAACACAACGAAUGAUAGACGUCCUAAAAUUUAUGAUGUUCAUGAAUAUUACAAAGAGAGAGUGAAAAAAGUUGAAUUCGAGAUUUCCAAAGUGCGGAAAGAUAGGUUAAAGAUCAAAUAUCCAACUUGGGAUGAGUCUUUCAAUUCUAUUGGAGCCGAAAAUUUGAGGAUGUUUGCUAGCACAUUGGAUGCUAAGCUUGAUGUUUGUAAUCAAAGGAUGAAUAUGUUAAAAGGAGAUUUUAAGGAGAAAGCAAUAGCUCAAGAAUCACAUAAUGUUGAUCAACUUAUGAAUUCUUCUUACAUUGCUUCAAAUCCAAGUAACUACUAUAAUCUCAUCCAAAACAUGUCUCAACCACAAAUUUAUCCGACUUUGACCAAUAUUAGUGAUAAAAACCUAAACUCCUUAGGUUUUUGGUUUCAACCCGGACAAAGCUCGCAACCUUCUUCUAUGAUUACCAACACACAAGGUAACUCGUAUCAGGUCGAGGAGGGUCGAUACGUGCAACCUCAUCCAUAUAAGCAAAUUGAUGCUAAUUGGGGCAAUCAAGGCAAUGUUAAUGUUACUUAUGAUCCAAGCAUCACGAUGAAGAAUGAUGAAGUUGAAAAUAAUGAAAACAUGUUACCAUACUAUUACAAUGGAAAUGCAAUGCAAUCAUAUCCUAUUGCCAUGCAUAAUCUUCCUUAUCAGAAUCAUCCAAACCUACCUCAUGGAUAUCAUCAACUUAAUGGAUUCUAUGAUAUGGAUUUUCUUCAAGGUCAUCAUAUGAUCAACUAUAUGGAUGGAAGGAAGUAG